UUGAACCUUUCGGGCCACUGUUGUUGUAGUAGCAUCAUGGCGUCUGACAGUGAUGGUGAAGAAGAUUUUGUGACUUAUGGAACCCCAUUAGAACCUCUCGAAGAAGAUGAGAAGCUUAGGAAGCCAAUCCCGAUUCAGGACCAGACCGUCAAGGAUGAGAAGGGACGUUUCAAGAGGUUCCAUGGAGCCUUCACUGGUGGUUUUUCAGCUGGCUACUUCAACACGGUGGGAUCCAAAGAAGGAUGGGCACCGUCAACCUUCGUGUCAUCACGGCAACAGAAAGCAGACAAACCGCAAACUUUCAGACCUGAAGAUUUCAUGGAUGAUGAGGAUUUUGGAGAACAUGGCAUUGCGCCCCGUGAAAUCACCACCACUGAUGACUUUGCGUCCGGGAGGAGGGAUCAGAUGCGGGACAAGGCCCGUGCCAUCACCUCUCUGACAGCACCCAUCCCUGGAGACACACUGCUGGAGGACCUCGUUGCCCCAGCCAGGAUCUCUGUGGGGGUUGAGCUGCUGAGGAAGAUGGGAUGGAAAGAAGGACAGGGCGUGGGGCCUCGUGUGAAGAGGAAAGCUGCCAAGCAGAGGAGCGAUGCUGGGUUAAGAGGUCAUGGCUGUGCCCUGCCACCGAACGGAUCGGAGGAAUCUGAGGAUGAAGAGGAUGAGUACGUCCCUGAUGACGUGACGUUCGCUCCGAAAGACGUCACGCCCAUCGACUUCACCCCCAAAGACGACCUGCACGGGCUGGGGUACCGCGGCCUCAACCCCCAGCAGGCCCUGAUGGGCGCGGCCGGGGCGGGGCACUUCAACCUCUUCACCCUGGACUCUGAUAGGGCCAGCAGCCUGCUGGGGGACCGUGGGCCCAAGAACCGGCGGAGGGGCGGGGUGGGAGGCCAGGCGUUUGGUGUAGGCGCGCUGGAGGAGGAAGAUGAUGAUAUCUACCACAGAGACGCCCUGUCCAACUAUGACAAAGUGCUGGGGGGGGAAGAGCCAGGAGACGGACUGUAUGGCUGGACUGCUCCGCAGCAGUACCGUAACAAGAAGAGAGCAUCCAGUAAAGAUGCAGCGUAUCUGGGUAAAAUACUGGAGGGCUUUACGCUGGCUUCCAAACACAAGGACAAUAAAACGGUGUUCCCUCCUCCGGAGCUGCCCAGGGACUUCAGGCCCGUGCACUACUUCCGGCCGGUGGUGGACCUGUCCAGUGUGAGCCCCCUGGUGGCCCAGGCCCUGCAGGCCUCGGUGGGGCACAUGACCCAGGACUCCCAGCCCCAGGGCCGGCACCAGCUGGAUGCCCCGCAGAGGAGAGAGCUGCUGGGAGAGUCGUCUCUGCAAGGGCCCAGUUCAGUCUUUGACCUGCUGGACAGUAAGGAUAAGGAGCGCCUGGCGGGCCUGCGGAGAGCGACGGAGGACAGGAAGCCGGAGAGCUCGCCUGAAGAUCGGCGUGCGGCCAUGGUGGCCGCGGGAGUGGCCGCCGCGGGGGCGGCCGCUGCAGCCGCCAGGGCCUCUUCCCAGCAUGCCCUGUCCAGCCGGUUCCUGCCCGCCGGGGCUGAGCAGGCCCUGACGGCCUGGAGCAGCCCGACCGCGCACUCCGCCCAGACCUUCAAGCCCUUCGACAAGACCCCUCACAAACAGGCGCGCUACGACAUGUACAUCAGCAAGCUCAAGCAGGGAGACAAAGACGCGCUGGAUGCCAGUCUGGACCCCUCCAUGACGGAGUGGGAGCGCGGGCGGGAGCGGGAUGAGUUCGUGCGCGCCGCGGUGCUGUACCAGCCCAGCAGCUCCUCGCUGUCCAGCCGCUUCACCCGGGGCAAGCGGGAGGAGGACGGAGACACCGUGGAGGUCCCGCGGGACCAGGAGGGUGAUGUCGACGACAAGCAGGCUGCAGUGAAGAUGAAGAUGUUUGGCAAACUGACGAGGGACACGUUUGAGUGGCACCCCGACAGACUGCUCUGCAAACGCUUCAACAUCCCUGACCCCUACCCCGGGUCAGUGCUGGUGGGAAUGCCCAAGAUAAAAAGAGACAAGUUCUCCGUGUUCAAUUUCCUCACCAUGACGGACAGCAGCAGCGGUUCCUGUGGGAAGAACGAUGCUCCAAGUCCAACUGUGGCUCCCGCUCAACACGCUGGUACGCCCAAACCCGCAGAACCUGGUAAGAGGUCCAGGUGGGACGUGUCAGCCCAGGCCGGCCAGGUGAAGGACCCCCUCAGUGAGUUCCUGAGUGAAGCUCGCGGCCAGUCUGCUUCAUCCACACAACCAGAGCCCAGCAGCCAGGAGGCCAGCGACUCUGCCCCGGGCCCUGCUGCAGAGUCGAAAACGGAGCAGCAGCAGCAGCAGGAGGAGGAGGAGGAGGAAGAGGAGAGCCGGCCGCCCAUGGACUUGUUCAAGGCCAUCUUCGCCAGCUCAUCCGACGAGAAGUCCUCCUCCUCGUCUGAGGGGGAGAGCGAGGACGAGCAGGAGGAAGGUGCCCUGGAGCCUCAGGCCCCGAGCCAGCCCAGCGCGGGCCCCCACCUGGCUCCAGCAGCUCCACCCGCGCCCACCUCCACCCCCGUGACACCCACCACCACCCCAGCCCCAGCCCAGCCAGGAGCGAAGGCCCCUCCAGUGUCGAGCGGUCCCUCUGACGCCCCUCCCCAGGGCCGGAGAGAGGAGGAGGAGGAGUUUGGGCCCAGACUGCCGCCUCCAUCAUAUCCCUGGGCAGGGCAGCUCUCCUCAGCGCCCUCAUCCAAGGAGGAGAAACACAAGAAGAAAUGCAAAGAGAAACACAAGGCCAAGAAGGGGCAUAAACACAGGAAGGACAAAAAGCACAAGAAGAAACACAAGAAGCGCAAACACAAGGCGAAGCAGCCGCAGCAGAAGAAGGCCAAGACCAAGGCGGAGGUCUCCAGCAGCAGUUCGGACGCGUCGGCGGACAGCGGCAGCCAAUCGGACGACGGCUCCGGUGCUUUGUCGACUGCGGAGCUGCUGAAAAGGUUGAAAUCUCUCAGUGGGAAGAAAGUGCAGUGAAAACAUGUUGAAACGGAGGAAAUGUGUCCUCUGUGAGGACACUGGCACUGAUGUUACGUGGUCCUUAACAUACUGCACACAUUGUGUUGCCCUGUUCAGAGCUCUGUACAGAUGAAUCCUCCGUUCCCUACGACCGCUGCCAGGAACUGCUCAGUAGAGCCACGGGAAUAGACGUUCUUUAUUUUACAGUUUUCUAAAGACUGUUUUCAGUCAUCAGCUAUCAAGCUGGUGGAGAUUUUGUUUUUAAAUAAAUGUGAACUUGGCCGUGUGUUUGUAAAUAUUUGGACUUUUAAUUUAGUUUGUUUUGGUUUUGGAUUUUUGCUAAUGUUUGUAUUAAACGUCAAAGUCUUGCCGUUUUAAUACCCGAUUAUUGUAUUGUAUUAUUUCAUAUCACCCAAAGUGGUGGAUGUCAAAAUGCACUACGAGAAUGUGAGUUUUUUUUAUCCAGAACAUUCAUAAUUAUAGUCGAUAUUAAGGACUUUGGAAAUUGCUACCUUUUAAUGACCUGCUCCGUUAACUGGAUGAGGAUGGUAAAAUCAGGUGCUGUACCUGAACGUGAUCUGUCUCCUUCGCUUUGUGUGUGUAUAACUAUCAGGCAGCAGUGUAGCAUGACGGCUAGAGCUGGCCUUGUAACUCUGACAUGGUUGGUUUGAUCCUCAAAUGGGCCACUGCUGUACCCUCGAGUGAGGUAUUCAAUCUGAAUUGCUUCAGUACUUAACUGUAUAAAUGGAUUUCUGUGUAAUAUGUUAUGGAUAUGUAAUUUUCAAAUUAAAUUCGAAACUCAUUUUAUCCAGAGGGCAAAAUUCUCCCUGUGAAGGCCAAUGUGCAAAAAACAAAACAAAUCUGUGUUUCAUAUUUUAUUUUUUGGAAGCAGUCAGAAAGUAUGCUCAGUUAAAAUGUAGAAAGCAGUGUAGUGUCGAUUGUCCAAUGAAUAUUUAGUAACCAGAAGGAAACUGUGCGAUCCAGGAGCAGCGUUGACCCUUUGGAGGAGCUGAGAAGCAGAGGACCGCAUUUUGAGCGCUGCUCUGGGACACUCAUUUCUUGGUUUCCAACCAAACAUUUUGGCUGUAUUUUAAGCAUCUUGGGUUAUAUGAACAUCAUGCAGUUUUAACACUUGCUUACCAUAUUUUAAAAGAGUAUGCAAAUCCCUCAAUUGCAAAUACAUUUGCAAUCCAGUUAGCCACUCCAUUUUGCCUAUCUGCGUAUUCAUAGUGAAAAGGGUAACUGUAAUUGGUAUAGAAUUGUAAAUCUAAAAAGGUUAAUCAAACUCACUCACUUGAACAUAUUUGUACUAUAUUUUUAUGUUGUACUACCAUGGUACCCUCAGGGUUUGAUUUUCCCCAAAGCAAAUGGACAUGACGGCUGUCUGUGCAUGUGUGUGCGUGUCUUAACAUUAAAACUGAAAUAAUGCAA